AUGUCCACGAUUGACUCCCAGUUGCAGAAACUCAAGUUGGACUCGCCCAGCGAGCCGCGCUCCAGACGCGGGUCCACGGCCAAUAUCCAGCCGCACACCCCGCCGCCGAUGACGGCGUCGCAGGUGAUACUCUCGCCCGCUCCAAGCACCCACCACCGCAUGGACGCCAAUCCCCGGAGCGGCAGCUCCGAGAGGCAGAAGCCGGUGCGCCAGCCGUCCUCCAACAACGCGUUUCCGCACACGCUCUCGCGCAACAGCAGCGCCACCAAAAACCUCCAGCUCAAUACGCAGUACUUGGCGCAGGAAAAGGCGUACCUUAAGAAGAUGAAAACCAACUUCGUCGACGACUACUACACAAAGGCAAUUGUGCCCGUGGGGAACGAGUCAGAGGUAGAAUCGGACCCUGACGACGACGAUGACCCGCACGGGGCACUCAGCGAUGACCGGCUCAUGCCGGAGAUUGACUCGGACGCAUACCACAUUGACCCCAGCAUGUUGUACCCGACAAUGUUCAAGCAUGCGUCGUUGGACGAGGAGUCCGUGGUGUCGGAGCGCCUCCAGUGGCAACUGAUGCUCGCGUCGGUGCUCAAAGGUGAGGUCUUGACCAGCGAGAAGACCAAGAUCUCACUGAACGAGCGCGAACGGUCGUACGACGACGAGAAGGCGUACUUCCAGGAGUUGUACCGAGAGUUGGUGUGGAUCGGUGUGCGUUCCAAGCUUUUCGGGCGGUCGGAGGACGAGCAGAAGAGGUUCUUGUCAUAUGCCCGAACCGUCGCGGAUGAGACCAUCAGCGAGAUCAUGCUGUUUAGGGUUAGCGAGGUCGCCGCUGAUACAACUGCCUCGGUCAACUCCUUUACCAGCGCUGAAUUGAUCAGUGAAAGCGAAGCCAGCGCUGGCAUAGCCUUGGGUAAUGCCAUGAAUGCCGCCAACGCCCAGGUCACCGCGAUUCUCCAGAAGUACGACAAGGUCACCGAGCUAUGGGGUGAUCAGAAGCAGAUGUGCGGCGAUAAGCCCAUCUGCGCCAGCAACGAGUUCCAGGACCGCAUCGGCGCGCUCGCAUCGUGGAAGACCAUCACCGAGUCCGUGCACCGCGAAAUCCAAAUGCUCCGCGAGUGGAUCGGCAACGAGGAGCUCGACGUGUCAGCGGUAACGACCGCUCCUGCCACCGACAGCUCGCUCUUCACCGACGACAACUCGUUUGCUGAACGCUUGAUGAAGGAGAAGGACAUGGACACGGUGUUCUACAAGCGGAUGAUGCAGCACUUGGUGCCGUGGAUUGUCAAGGCCAAGAUUUCCUACAUCCAGUACGGCGCGCUCUACCAGGAGCUCGGGCUUCCGGACUUUCUCCCGCAGGUGUCGGAGAUUGUGCGGUUCCCGAUGGAUCUCAUCAAGGAAGUGAUCAAGGUGCGGUUGGCGUACGCACGCAAACUCACCAACCCAACAAUGAUGAUGAUUGACCAGAUGCUCGGAGACUUCAAGUCGUACCUAAAGCUUGCGUUGGAGGUGCGUGAGGGUAUCAUGCACUACUGUUUACCGCUGGAAGGUUGGAAGACCGACAGCUCCUUGGACCACAACCUCGACAAGGCGAUCCUCGAGGGCGCGCACUUCUCGCUUACGCUUUUGAGCCGCAAGUUGCUCGACAGCUCCCGGUCCGCUAAAAGCUUCCGCACGUUCAAGGAACCAGACGAGCUCAUGGAGCUCUGGGACCACUUUAAAGACUUUGGGUUCAAGCUCAGCAAGGGGGGUGCCGAGAUUUCGGAGCAGUUCACGAUCCUCACGCACAAGUUGAUCGUGCGGUUGUUGAACUACUUCCAGUUCCAGCUUCGCGGCCCGCCGCUAGGCCUGAGCAAGCUCACGCGCUGGUACACCACCACCCGGGUCAACAUCGGCCAGAUGAAGCGUAAGCUCUCGGGGUUUAAGCGCCACCUCCACGACACGUUCCAGAACGCCGUGCUUUUCCAGCUCAAACAGGGCACCAUGAAGCGGUUCUUGGACAAUCUCAAAAAUACCGAUCACUUCCUCGUGCGCACCGACUACGAAGAGAGCAAGGGUGUGUACUACCUUGCGAGCGCACCGUUGUGGUACCGGUACAAGGAGAUCGAGAGCAUUAUCUCUGCCUCGUACCUCGGCGCGAGCAGCGAGACCCCCGCCAACUACGGCAGGUGGUUGACCGGCCACCGCGAGUUCGACAACGUCUACAUCCACAACGAGAUCAAGAAGACUUUCGACCCCGCUUGCUAUGUGCUCGCGAUUUGCACGCCGCAGAUUCUUGUGUGGGAGGGGGCGCAGCUCGAGGUGCGCUUGGAAAAGGCCCCCAACAUCGAAAUCAAGCCCGGGCGCUUGUUGCUCAUCGGGCCCAACCCGUCGGAGGACUACGAUCUGGAGGUGGAGCAGGGACGUAAGCUCUCGAUGGCAGAGAAGCUCAAGUUGUUGAAGCGCACGUUCUUGGACGGCGUGGGCGACUCGAUCGGCCCCUCCGUGGAGACGCGCUGCUCGGCGCACAAUGUCCAACACGAACUUAUGAAGAUGGAGAAGAGCUACAAUAAGCUAAUCUACGUGAUGUUGGAGGCGCCGGCAAUCAUCAGACGCCAGUGUCAGGGGUAUAACUGCCAGGCGUUGAUCAACCUGAUCUUCAUCUUCGCACGCGACGGCGGCCGCGAACACCUCCGUACGAUCGAGAUGGCCAAGCGGUCGUCGUUCCACUCCAAGAUCGUGCAGCUAUCCAUCGACUGGGUGAGCUUUGUGUGCGACGACUGCAUCCGUACCGACCGCAAGACGUUCAAGUGGUGCGUGCAGGCGUUGGAGUUUGGUAUGGCCAUGACUAAGGGCUACAACAUCCUCACGUUGUCGGAGUCGCAGUUUAACGUGCUCAAAUUGAAGGUCGCUGGGUGCAUGUCGCUCUUGAUCUCGCACUUCGACAUCAUGGGCGCGCGGUCCAGCGAAGCAAAGAAGAUCAACGCGCUGAAGUGGUCGAACCAGAACCGCGAAACCGAUGUGGACGACGAUGUCUUUGCGGCCUUGUCCGCGGAACGUGCAAGACAGAUGAACGAGUUGGAUGCCCGGAGGGUGUUGGAGCGCAUGAAGGAUGGUUCUGUGGGCAAGGUGUUGGACGACACGGACUACGACAACCAGUACUUGACGUAUCUCGCGUCGUCUUUCUCAAGCGUGUCGAUCAGGUGGCAAAAGGGCAAAUUCAUCGGCGGCGGGACCUUUGGGAGCGUCUAUGUGGCGGUAAAUUUGGAUACCGGGGGUGUGAUGGCCGUGAAGGAGAUCCGGUUCCACGACUCGCAGUCUGUCAAGCAGAUUGCGCUGUCCAUCAAGGAUGAAAUGACGGUGUUGGAGAUGCUCAACCACCCGAACGUAGUACAGUACUACGGAGUGGAGGUGCAUCGCGACAAGGUGUACAUUUUCAUGGAGUUCUGUGAGGGUGGCUCUUUGGCCGGGUUGCUCGAGCACGGGCGCAUUGAGGACGAGUUUGUGAUCCAGGUCUACGCGUUGCAGAUGUUGGAAGGGAUUGCCUACUUGCACCAGAGCAACAUCGUGCACAGGGACAUCAAGCCCGAGAAUAUUCUUUUGGACCAUAACGGCGUGAUCAAGUUUGUGGAUUUCGGCGCCGCUAAAGUUAUUGCGUCGAGUGGACGCACUAGAAUGAACACCCGCGGCGUUACACCGGCCACAGAGAUGAAUAACAGCAUGACCGGGACGCCGAUGUACAUGUCGCCGGAGGUGAUCACCGGAGGCUCUGGCGGUCGCAGUGGCAGCACCGAUAUCUGGUCGUUAGGGUGCUGUGUGCUCGAGAUGGCGACCGGCAGACGCCCAUGGGCGAAUCUAGACAACGAGUGGGCUAUCAUGUACCAUAUCGCGGCCGGUCACAAGCCGCAGUUCCCGAAUCCAGACCAAUUGAGUGAGACCGGGCGCAGCUUCUUGUCGAAGUGCUUGGAGCACGAUCCGGCGAGGCGGCUGACAGCGGUGGAGUUGUUGGACGACCCAUGGAUCCGGGCGAUUCGGAUGGAGGCGAUUGGUGUGUGUGAUGGCGGGAGCUCGUCGGAUCUCUCGGAAGCAUAA